CAGCUCGCCUUGGCGGGCUCCGAGCUCCGCCACGACUGCAUGUGGCAGGGUACGUGCACGGCCGAGGCACACGCGCACCACCACCCCAGCCGCACGCACAGGGACUCGUGCUCACACAUCACAGACAUCUGAUGGACUCGUCGGGCGCCCUGGAGUACGCCGCGGGAUUUACGCACCUGGCGGACUUGCACAGCCCCGAGGACGAGGCCCAGAUCGACGCGGUGACGGACCCCGCGGGGCUGCAUCACCCCCUGACGCACCAGGUGGCCCGCCCCGACACACCCUCCGAGUCCUCCGAGACGGACACGGACGAGGACAACGACCACAUGGACGAGGACAUCGAGACCAACCACUACGGCGUGUGUCGCGAGGAGGAGGUCUACACGAGCGAGGAGCUGCCCAACGCCUCACUCAACAUCGUUCACAUCGACCACAGUUACUACUGCUCUAGAAUACCUUCGCCAGCGACGAGGACGUCGUCAUCAUCGUCGUCGUCGUCGUCGGCAUCGUCGUCUUCGUCGUCGUCGUCGUCAUCGUCGUCGUCGUCGUCGUCUUCGGCGUCGUCUUCGGCGUCGUCGUCGUCGCCGUCGCCGUCGUCAUCUUCGGCGUCGUCAUCUUCGGCGUCGGCGUCAUCGUUGUCAUCAUCGUCGUCCUCCACCUCCACUUCCACCUCCACACACACCACAUCGUCGUCGACGUUAUCGUUACAUCGCCGCCAUUACCCAUCGUCGUCGCUUCUCCACACCCCAUCAGACUCCGAGGACGAGAUCGACGUGGUGAGCGUGGGCAGCUCGGAGAGCGCCCAGGUGACGACGCAGAGAGUCAGCGGCAGGAAGCGGCGCCUGGCGGUGAGCGCCGAGGUGGCCGUCAAGAAGGUGGUCAAGAUCCGCACGGGCUCCCUGCCCACCAACCCCUCGCGGCGCAUGCGCAAGCAGCUGCAGCACGCCAUGGCAGCGGGCGUGAAGCGGCGCGGCUCCGGCAGCGCAGCGCACUUGAGACGGGCGGCCGCGUCCUCGGGCGCCGACGCGCACCACAAAACUCCGAAGCGGUUGCACGAGCGCGGAGCGCUGGGGCGCAAGCGCGGCUCGCCCCGCUCCGACUGCGACGACCCCGAGAAGCGGCACCUGCACAACUCGCUGGAGCGCAUGCGGCGCGUGGACCUGCGCAACGCGUUCGAGGAGCUGCGCGUGCGCGUGCCCGACCUGCAGGACCGCGAGAAGGCGCCCAAGGUGGAGAUCCUGAAGAAGGCAUCCGACCACUGCCGGGAGAUGAUGCAUCGCGAGCAGAGCCUCGUGCAGGAGAAGGAGCGCCUCAGGAGAUACGAGAGCGAGCUGCGGCGGCGGCUGCAGGCGCUGCAGAGUAGACACUAACUGCGUCGCCGCCUAGGUGUUCGUCUGUAAUUAGUCACUUCGUAGCUGGUAGGCCUAGCGAGAGGGGCGCGACGCCGUCCCCCUCUCCCCUCCCCGACCACAGUGGUGCCUGCAGAAGGGUCUCGAUGCGCAGUGACGGUAGCCGCCUCCGCCUCGCCGCGAACGCCGAGUGUGACGUGUGGCUGAGAGGCUUGGUGCCGGGCAUUGGCACCGGGCAGCGGGUCCCUUCGGCCGAGGCCCCGGCGGUGCCACGCGCCGUGCGGGGCCUUCCUUGCCUUCCUAUGGGCCGGCGGCGGCGCGGCUCCGCCCAGAGACUAAGUAGGAUCCAAAGGGUCUUUCUGUAAGCAAGUUCGCUGUUUGUAUAUACUUGUUUUACUUACGUGGUAUUAUUAUUAUCAUUAUUAAUUAAUAAUUAUUAUUAUCAUCAGUGCUACUGUAAUUAUUCGUCUGAAAUCAAAGGAGAUUUUGUCGCGUGUAGAUAUUUCUAUUUAGCAGUAAGGGUUUGGUCACUUAUGUACCUUCUCGGUCGCCCCGCCCGGCGGCGACCGGCCUGUAAAUGUGUAAAUAUCCAUUGGCGUGAUUCAUUUGUGAUCUAGACAUAUUGUAGUUUCCGGAGGGCGGAGCUUGGCAGAGGGAACACCCCACCCCCUUUCGUCCUCCCCGGACCACGCCCCCUGCCCUCCCCUCGCCGGGGGGAGGGGAGGGGGCGGGGAUCGGGGUCCGACUGGGGCCUUGUCGGUGCUGCUGUAGAUUAAUCACUUUUUGUUGUUAUUGAAAGGAUAUAUAUUUGAUCAUUAAUAAAGGAGUUUUUUCACUUUAUAAUCUUUUUCGUGUAUAUAAGAAGAAUGCAAAUCUUUAGGUUUAAAAAGGACGAGAUUGGUUCCCUUGGGCAAGCGGCCGCUCGUCGUUGCGGCGCGUCGGUUCCGCGGAAACCGACCCGUUCAGCCACGCUAGUUGCUCCGAGGAGAAACGGACAGGACGCAGUUAUGACCUUCAUUAUUGUUAUCAUUAUUACACUUUUUCUUGAUAUAGCUUGGGAAAUUUUGGAAAAACAUUUUUUCUCUUACACUCGAAUAUUUUUGUUACGCCAUCACCAUGGUCGUUUUGGGCGCGCGUUGCCAUUGUGUGGGUGGUCGAGGGGUCGCUUCUGGGUUGUUGCCAUUGGCACCUCCACGCCCUUCGACCAUCCCUUGGGUUGCCAUGAUUAGGAUUAAGGAUACCCCUACCCCCUACCCCCUACCCCCUACCCCAUCUUGCCUUCCUUUCCCUUCUCUUUUUAUCUCUUCCCUUCAACCCUCCCUCCUUGCCUCUCCUCCCCCUCGCCCUCCCCUACUCCUCCUCCUCCUCCUCCUCCUCCUCCUUCUCCCCUCCACAUUACCCUUAGCUUAAUUAUUUAUCUGUGUUAUUUAUCACCAGAGCAUCAUCACCAUCGCCCUCUCUUCUCUCAUUUACAUUCAUCCUUGUCAGACAGAUUUCCUUUCAGUCACCUCGCGCGCAGCCUCACCCUCACCCGUUUUCAUCUCAUCUCGUGAUCACUUCGCAUCCAUUUCCCCCCCCCCCCCCCGAGAUUUCAGUUCAGCCCCCCCCCCUCUCCCUGCCCCCAUCUCAUCUCACUUCAUCUCACCUCAUCUCGCUUUUGGCCGAUCAGUCACCUCAGCUCACUGGACCUUAAACCUCGCGUCAUUUUAGGUCGUGCCUCACCGUCAGCGUGUUGGGACAGUUCCCCCUCACUCGCACCCUUCCCUCCCCCCUCCCACCCACCCACCACUACCCCCUCUCCCUUGUCCCCUCCCCCUCCUCUCCCCUCCUCUCCCCUCCUCUCCCCUCCUCUCCUCAUCUCCCCGUCCUUUCUCUUGUCUUUUCUUCCUUCCUCUCUCCACCCUCUCCCUUUUUCCCCCUCUCCUCGAAGACGAUGUAAAAUAAUGUUAAUAUUCAGUGUUUGGACCUGACUCCUAAGUGGCUCGUUGAGUGGUAGCUGCACUCAAGAAAAGCUUUCGUUUUGGGUAUUAUAAAUAUUAUUAUUCACGUUGAUAUGGCGAGACAUAGCUUGUUCUUUGGGCAUUAAGAGGAAAUUUAUAUAUUUGUAUGUAUGUAUAUUUUUUUUCUCUCCCCCCUUUUUUUGUUUUGUUUUUCUUUUUCUUGUUCUUCUUCCUUAAUUCCCACUCGCCUCUUCUCUCGUUUAUUUUUUUCUCUCUCUCUCUCUCUCUCUCUCUCUCUCUCUCUCUCUCUCUCUCUCUCUCUCUCUCUCUCUCUCUCUCUCUCUCUCUCUCUCCCUCUCUCUCUCUCUUUCUCGUUUUCUAUCUCUUGCCAUUCGUGGUAGACUAUGAUGUUUUUGUUUUUUUCUUUUUCUUCUUCUUCUUCUUCUUCUUCUUCUUCCAUUUUAUAUAUAUAUAUUUUUUUUUGUUGAAAGCUUAUUACAUAUCCAGUUAUGGAGGUUGAAAAAAGAAAGUUCAAAAUUUAAAGAAGGAAAUUCUCAUUUAGUUCGAUUGUUUGUACACUCCCCUCACAUAAAUUAUCUUAUGUGAAUUUUUGUUUUAAAAAGGAAAAAGAUGUGCCUUUAACUUUGAUUUUGUGAUAGUGUUUCCAUAUAUGUAACCGCCAACACAUGUGUACUUACAUAUUGUGUAUGUAUUGUAUGUAUCGAUACGUACAUGUGUGUGUUAUGUAUGUGCAUAUACAUUUGUGCGUGCGGCAGUGUGUGUGUAUAUAUAUAUGUAUAUCUAUAUAUAUAUAGGAAUAUGGUUAGUAUUGAUUUUUUGGAAUUCAAACGUCUGUUGACAUUGUGCCGUAACGGGGAAAGAAAACACGGAAUUAGUGAACGAAACCUGGCGUGUCUUGCCGCAGAGUUAUAUUGUAUGGUUCCCUCUCCUCCGCCACUUCCUCGUUCAACUCUCGCUUCUUGUUCAUUAUUUCUCUCUUCUCUCUCUCUUCUCUCUCUCUUUUCUCUCGCUUCUUGUUCAUUAUUUCUCUCUUCUCUCUCUCUUCUCUCUCUCUUUUCUCUCUCUUCUCUCUCUUUUCUCUCUCUUU